UGAGAAACAGCUCUCAUCCAAAGCCUAAAGCAAGCCUUAGGCUUAUCCAGAUAACUACGCUCUGCCUCAUUUUGCGAAGAUGGUUGGACUGAAGCCUUCUGACAACCCUCCUUCUCUCGCUGUGAAGUUCAUUGGUGCAGGCACCGCUGCAUGCAUAGCCGACCUUUUUACGUUUCCACUAGACACAGCCAAAGUCAGGCUACAGAUUCAAGGGGAAUCAGCAGUUGCUGGGGCAGUAAAUGGAAUCAGAUACAAAGGAGUUUUUGGGACCAUAAACACCAUUAUUAAGACCGAGGGGCCUAAGAGCCUGUACAAUGGAUUAGUAGCUGGUCUGCAGCGCCAAAUGAGCUUUGCUUCCAUUCGCAUUGGACUCUAUGAUACUGUGAAACUCUUCUACACUAACGGGAAAGAAAAAGCUGGUAUCGGGAGCCGGUUGCUGGCAGGAUGCACUACAGGGGCCCUGGCUGUCACAGUUGCGCAGCCCACUGAUGUGGUGAAAGUCAGAUUUCAAGCACAAAUCAAUCUUCGUGGGGUUAAAAAACGAUACAAUGGUACACUUGAUGCCUAUAAAACCAUUGCCAAGGAAGAAGGAAUGAGAGGCCUUUGGAAAGGAACAUUUCCAAAUGUGACACGAAAUGCUAUAGUCAACUGUACAGAAUUAGUGACCUAUGACUUGAUAAAAGAAAAUCUACUUCAAUAUAAACUAAUGACUGAUAAUCUUCCAUGUCAUUUUGUAUCUGCUUUUGGUGCUGGCUUCUGUACCACAGUUAUAGCAUCUCCUGUAGAUGUUGUCAAAACAAGAUAUAUGAAUUCCCCUCCAGGACAGUACAAGAGUGCUUUAAAUUGUGCAUGGACGAUGAUCACCAAGGAAGGACCAACAGCCUUUUAUAAAGGGUUUGUACCAUCAUUUUUGAGACUGGGGUCUUGGAAUGUAGUUAUGUUUGUAUCCUAUGAACAACUGAAGCGAGCAAUGAUGAGGUCAAGGCAGAGAAUAGAGUAUGCAGUGUGAACAAAGAAGAUUUCAUCAUAUGCGUAUUGUUAAUCCAAACCAAUGAAGUUCCUGGCUUGCAGAGAGCAUUUUUACACUGGAAUAAACAAACACAGCUGGACUGUGUUGGCAAAGGUUUCCUAAGAGCACAGGGCAAUAAUUUCACAACAGAAAAACCUUCAAAAAGCUUUGAAAUUCAUAUGCAAUAAUAGUAUUGCAAGACUUUAAAAAAUACACACCACAAUGAAUACUGGGUUGGGAACCAAAACUAAAACCAUAGAAAUAUUGGUUAAACAAGAGUUGCAGAGGAGAAAUUCUAAAUUAUUAACAUAUUUAAAGGAUAUAUAUAUAUAUAUAAAGGAUGUGGCUUCUGUUAUUUUAUUUCAUAUUGCUAUCUCCUAAACUAU